AUGACACCUGGACCCUCCACCAAUGGCUCUGUUGCUGCAAGACCGAUUGGCAACAUUCCAUUCUCUCCAGACCGGUUGAAUAACUCGAACAAACCUGCUGCACCGUCUGAUCCUAUUGCAACGACUGGUGGUCAGUGGAAGCAAUUGUCCUUUUUUGACAAGGAUGAGAUUCUCCAGUCAUCCAGCAUCACUGCCCAAGUAGCUACUGCUCUCGAGACCUGGUUGCAAGCAUAUAACAAUAGAGUGACCUAUAUCAAACAGAUGCGUCGCAAGGCUAUUUUAUUCACGAUUGGAGAGGAGGAUUCCGCAACACCAACACUAAAAGUCUGGAAUGUUGAAAAGAGUGUUGUUGAGGUUGACAAGCCACCUGUACUGAUCCAAACUAAAAAAAUUAGCUAUAAAGCAAAAGUGUUUCCUGUGACUGCGUUUGCUGCGCUUGAAAGCAUGGCUCAGAUUGCGAUUGGGCUUGAAAACGGCGUCGUGAUUGUAUAUAGAGGAGAUUUAUCUCGUGCAAGACAAGUCAAGACAGUUGUUGUUCAUGAGGGUAGUGAAACCGUUACUGGUCUUGGAUUCCAUGAAGAUGGUUCAGAGAUUACACUAUACAUAAUAACGCUUGCCAAAAUCAUUGCCUGUGUGACUACCAAUAAGGAUACAAAGAAUGUUCUCGAGGAACAAGGAACAGAGAUUGGGUUAUCUGCUGCCACUCCAAAUGAUCAAACGCAAGAAAUGGCAAUGGCUUGCGACGAGGUAGGAGAAAAAACACUUUUAACCUGGUUUCGUGGAUAUCUUGUACUUGUAUCAAAAGAAUGUCCACUUCGCACAAAUGUGUUGACAGAAUUUGGAAAUGCCAGCGAAUCUUCUGUAAUUUCUGAGCAUAAAUCUUCGGCAGACCAUAUGUGGUCAACUGGCGCACCCACGCCAGGCCAUGUACUGACAAUCUAUGAUUUGAAAAGCAAGUUUAUUGCAUUUAAAGGAUCGUUUGGAACGCGUCGGUUUGAUGCAAGUGUUGGUACUGCUGUAGGCGAACCAAUUCAUCAUGUUUUAGUAGAGUGGGGUGAUUUGUAUAUUAUCACUAAAGAGAACAAGAUUUUUCGACUUCAUGAAACAGAUUUGGAUUCUAAGCUUAGUUUAUUGUACGCAAAACACAUGUACAAUUUGGCCAUUAGUAUCAUGACAUAUCCCCCCACCAUGAUUCAUACGAUUGGCGUCAAAACAGAUUUUGGAACAAGAACAGCUAUUUCUGGUACAACUGAUGCCAGCACCAACAAACCAGACGAGGCUGCCGAUUCUGUAAUUAUGGAUAUCCAUAAACGGUACGGAGACUACCUUUAUGAUCGUGGCGAGUUUGAUUUAUCUGUUAGGCAGUAUAUAAAAACUAUUGGACAUUUAGAGCCAUCCUACGUAAUUCGCAAGUUUCUUGACGCGCAACGUAUUUACAAUCUUACUGCCUAUCUUCAAGCUCUACACGAUCAUCAGCUGGCAAACCCAAGCCACACAACUCUUCUUUUGAAUUGCUACACCAAGCUUAAGGACGUGAAUCGUUUGGAUGCUUUUAUUACAAAUCCCAAGUUGCUUUUUGAUGUGGAGACAGCUAUCCGGGUGUGUAGACAAGCAGGCUAUUUUACCCAUGCUUUGAAACUAGCUGCAAGAUUUGAGCAGUAUGAGUGGCAUCUUCGAGUUUUGAUUGAAGAUUUACAGCAAUAUGACGAGGCUCUGGUCUACUUGGCAAAGCUUCCACGACACCAGCAGAUUAAAAGAGCGUUGCCCAUGUAUGGAUUUGUGUUGGUCAAGCAUCGUCCACGACGAGCUACUGAAGCGUUGGUACGGGCAUGUACUGUAUCAGUUCCAUCGAAACAAGGCACCACUAAUGAUGCUUUAGCUCAAACUAGCACUCUUGUUGCAAGUGGAGGUUUAGUAAAUGGUGCUACUGGACCAACUCUAUCCGUGACUACCGAAUCUGUAAAUUCCGAGGAAUUGGCACAACCGCAAGAUUUUAUGCCUUUUUUUGUGGAUCAGCCGGUCUGGUGUAUCACGUUUAUUGAAAGCGUACUUUUCAAGCGAUGGAAUGUUGCCAAGGACAUACUUGGAACUGAGUCUUUAAACAUAACAUCUGCGGAUCAAACAGCAUCAGCAGGUUUUUUGGAUGAUUCAGACUCGAACAAUCGACAGAUAUUGUGGGAUACACUACUUGAGCUAUUACUCAGUCAACUUUCGGAAGAUUUGAAAAAGGAACCGUCACCUACUCAGCUACAAGCCAAACCUAGUUGGUCCAAACGCAUUAUGGCUUUAUUGAAAAAUACGCAGGCAACGCUUGUUCUUUGCAAAACACACAACUUCAACGAUGGCAUUCUUUUUUUGCUUCAACGGCUCGGUUUGUAUCAUGAUUACCUUGACUUUCAUAUACAUCGAGGAGAGGAUGCGCUUGUGUUACAAACAUGUCAAUCGUUUGGUGAUGUUGAACCAUCACUUUGGACAAAAGCAUUGACGUUUUUUAUUGAAAAAGGGGUAUAUUCUUCUAAAAGAGACGAGCAGGAUGGAUCAGUAGAAAAGAGUGCACAGUGUAAUCUUCUUCAAGUGCUUGACCAGAUCCAAAAGCGCAAGUUGCUAUCUCAGCUACAAAUUGUACAACUUCUUUCCAAGAAUUCGAAUGUGACUCUUGGAAUGGUGCGCGAAUUUCUUAUUAAAAGCAUUGAAAUAGACACUGCAUCCAUCAACGAGUCACAGCAGCUUAUUUCUAGUUAUCAAGAAGAUACUGCCAAGAUGCGGCUUGCAAUUGCCGAACUUGAGUCUGGAUCGGUGACAUUUCAAUCGACACGGUGUGAUUUGUGUCGACAGCAACUGGAGCUUCCGACGGUGCAUUUUUACUGUAAACAUGCGUACCAUCAUCGAUGUUUAGGCGAUGCAGAUCAAGAGUGUCCAAAAUGCGCACCUGAACACCGGAUGGUUCAAGAAUUAGUUCGAGCACAACGGUUGAAUUCCAAACGCCAUGAGCAUUUUGUCCAAAAGCUUGGGGAAGGAUCUGAAUACGAAGACAAGUUUUCAUUGAUUGCAGAGUACUUUUCCAAAAACAUAUUUGCAGAAUAA